AUGGAUCAAACGAGAUGCCUAGUACCUCCGGUACCGGCACCAAAACUUAAUAUACCACGCUCUCCAUCGACCGUGGAAGUAUCUAUCAUCGAUAGCACCACACGGAUCUCCAUCCCCUUCACGACCCUUAUCCGACCUCCUGUCCAAGACCUCCCCGACCUGAAGUGCCCGUCCUACGUCUUCCUCAUCCACCACCGGCCGUCCAACCAGCGACUGGUCUUCGACCUCGGCGUCCGCAAAGAUUGGAAGAACUUCGCCCCGGCGCUGGUCCGCCGAAUCACGCAGAACGGGUGGGGAGUCUCGGUCCAGAAGAAUAUCUCGGAGAUCCUCACGGAGAAUGGCGUGGAUCUGUCCUCAAUCAACGCCGUCAUCUGGAGUCACCAGCAUUGGGACCACAUCGGUGACCCGUCCACGUUCCCGGCGUCGACAGCAUUGAUCGUCGGCCCCGGAUUCAAAGAUGCCUUCGCUCCUGGCUAUCCCGCCAACCCGCGGGGAGUGAUCCGCGAAUCCGACUACGAAGGUCGGGAGUUCCGCGAGGUGUCGUUCCCGUCGGACGACUCCCCGGAUCUGCUUCGCAUCGGCCGUUUCAAGGCCAUCGACUACUUCCAGGACGGGAGCUUCUACCUUCUGGACGCACCAGGUCAUACCAUUGGGCACUUAUGCGCGCUGGCCCGCGUCACGGAUGGGGACAGGCAAGGAUUCGUCCUGAUGGGUGCCGACGCGGCGCAUCAUGCGGGCGAGUUCCGUCCGUCCCCGUACCUUCCGCUGCCGAAGGACAUUUCGCCGAAUCCGCUUGAAGGGAUCAGCAACUCGAGGUUCGCGACCGGUCAUGUGUGUCCUGGGGAGAUUUUCCUGCACGGGGACGGCGAGGAUGGGGGGCCGAAGAGGGCGGAUCAUCGCUUCUUGGCCCCGGCGAAGGGUCUGAGUGUGGAUGGGGAGAAGGCUAGUUGGACGAUCGAGGGGUUGGAGGAGUUCGAUGCGUCGGACGAGGUGCUCGUGGUGCUGGCGCACGACUCGACCGUUCAGGGGAUGCUGAAUUUCUUUCCAAAGGGGAUCGAGGGGCAGAUGCGACAAGAUGUGAAGAAUAAGGUCCGAUGGAGAUGGUUGGCUGACUUUGCUUCGGAGACGGGAGGGACAAAGGGGGAGCGGUUGUGA